GGUUCUAAUGCCGAAAUGUCUUGCAUAUCAUAUGAGGUUCAUGAUCUGGUUCAGUCAAUUUUUCAUCAGAGUGGAGAUGACAUGCUGGUUAAAUUAAAGGAUCAUGUUGUUCCUCACCUUCUUGAAAAUAUCAAAAGUUGUAAAAUCUCAGAUCAUCAUUCUGAAUUAAGUGUCACCAUGAGAGAGGAUCAGUUGGUUGAACUCCUGGACUCACUUCUUGUGAAUCUCCAUUAUCUACCCAAGGUUCGUGCUGAGUUGAUUUUCCCAUCAAUGACUCAAUAUGAGCUUCUUCAGAAUGUAUUUUGCAAUUUAAGAGAUUUCCAUGGGCUGAAAGUAAAUGGUUGGAUCGAGCAUAAGGCAAUUGAAUAUGCCUUACCGCAGUUUCAACUUAUGGCUGAGAGAGUAGGACACUUCUGUUUUGUUAUUUUGUCUCGUCAAUUUCACAAGACAGAUGAAAAAGAUGAAGAAACAUAUAAAAAACAUGAAGAAUAUGAAGUCUCUCAAGUCAAUUCCCUGCUAGUCCAUCUACUUUUGAAGAUAAUUCCGGUCUCACUGGAUGUUAUGCACAUAUAUUCUACAAUAUUGGAAGCUUCACAGUCGGCAGAACUUGGAUGCUUCAUUAAGAAGCUCCUAGAAGCAUCUCCAGACAUUCUCAGAGAACAUCUGAUUCACCUACAACAGCACAUGGUUAAUGCUAUACCUCGUAGCACUUCAGCUUCCAACAUUCAUGUCAUGAUAGAGUUCCUAUUGCUUUUUCUUACAGAUAUGCCAAAGGACUUUAUUCAUAAUGAAAAGUUAUCUGUUCUAUUGGCACGUGUUGGAGCACUUAUCAGGGAGGUGUCCAUUCUCAUUCGCAAAUUAGAAGAGAACUCAACGGACAAAAUAAGUUGUGCAAGUCAAGACUUGCUGGAAAAUAUUGAACUUCUGAAAGAUUUCAAACAUGUUUUCUUGAAAGCCCCUGCAGACUCAUCUGAGCUCUGCUUCCCCAUGAGUGAUGGACUGCUGUUCAUGACUCUUCUACUGCGAAACUUAAAUGACUUGCUCAAUUCCAAUGCUUAUUCAGUUGCUUUGAUAAAAGAAGAAAUCAGUCGGGUCAAAGAAGACCUAGUACACAUAAGAUCGUUCUUUGGGAAUGUGGAGCAAGAAUUGCAUAGAGAUCUUUGGACUCGUAUUCUAGAUUUGGCAUAUGAGGCGGAACAUGCCAUUAACUCAAUUCUUGCCAGAGAUCAUGGUCUCUUGCAGCUUAUUUUCUUACUUCCUGAUACUGUAGAAAAGAUCAAGCUUGUCAAAAAAGAGGUACAAGAGAAGAUCUCCAAGAACACGAGUAUCAUUUUUACAAACUCUCCCAACAAGCCAGUUAUAAACAGGUCAUCAAUAGCUAGUAAAAUAAACGUAGGUUUUGAGGAGGAGACAGAGUGGAUAAUCCGGAAGCUCACAAGUGGACCAGCUGAGGUAGAUGUCAUUUCCAUACUCGGCAUGCCGGGGCUUGGAAAAACUACUUUGGCUUACAGAGUAUAUAUUGAAAAGUCUGUUGUUGGCCAUUUCGACAUUCGUGCUUGGUGCACAGUUGACCAGGAACGUAAUGAGAAAAAGUUGUUGCAGAAAAUCUUCAAUGAAGUUAUUGGUUUGAAAGAAAGUGAGGAUUACAUAGACGAUGACGUUGCUGAUAGGCUAUGGAGACAACUGUUUGGAAAGAGGUACCCUAUUGUCUUGGAUGACUUGUGGGAUACUGCAACAUGGGAUGAGCUGACAAGACCUUUUCCAACUGAAUUUCAGAAAGGAAGCAGAGUUAUUUUAACAAGUCGAAAAAAGGAAGUGGCUUUGCAUGGAAAACUCCACAGUGUUCCUCUUGAUCUUCGAUUGCUAAGACCAGACGAAAGUUGGGAGUUGUUAGAGAAAAGGGUAUUCGGAGAAGAACGUUGCCCUGAUGAACUAAAGGAUGUUGGAGAAAAAAUAGCCCGAAAGUGUGAUGGGCUUCCUUUGGUACUUGAUUUGAUCGGCGGAGUCAUUUCAAGGAUGGAAAAGAAAGAGGCUUUGUGGCUUGAAGUUCUCAAUAAUUUGAGUUCCUUCAUUUUUAAGGAUGAAGAGGAAGUGAUGAAGGUUAUACAAUUAAGUUAUGAUCAUUUGUCAGGUCACCUAAAGCCGUGCUUAUUGUACCUUGCAAGUUAUCCAAAGGACAAAAAUAUUGCGAUCUCUUGGUUGAAAGAUUUAUGGAGUGAUGAAGGACUUGUGGAACCAACUGACUUGAAGAGUGUGGAAGAAGUAACGGAGGUUUGUGUGGAUGAGUCAAUUUCUAGUAGCUUGGUAAUAGUGAGAGGUGGUAGGCACCCGAGUUGCCAAAUUCAUGAUCUUGUGCAUGAUUUUUGUUCGAUAAUAGCUAGAAAGGAAAAAUUGUUUGAUUUGAAGAGCUCAAUUGUUCUGUCUUUAUCCUCUUCUUCUUCAGAUCUGAUGCUGCGUCGACGGACCAUUAUUUAUGAUGGGGACAUUCAUUCGGGUGAUGAUUCUUCCUUUUUCAGUCCAGAAAAGAGAAAUCCUUGUGCUAAACACCUCCUCUCUUUGAAGAUAGAAUCUGGAUAUUCUCUGUAUAACUGUCACCUAAGACACCUGAGGCUUCUUAAAAGGCUGGAGGUGCUGGGUAGAAUUUUGCCAGAUACUGUGCUGAAUGAAAUAGGCAUGCUUGUUCAUUUGAGGUGCUUAAGGAUUCGGAUGAAGGAAAAAGCUCUCCCUCCAUCAUUUUCAAACCUCUGCAAUCUAGAAACUCUGGCGGUGGAUAACAGGGAAUCAAAAUCAAACCUGGUAUUAUCCCCCACUACUAUCUGGAGUCUCGCAAAGCUACGAUAUGUGUCCAUCUCUGGUUGUUCUGUCUUUGAUUCGGAUAAUAAUGACAAACCAAUUACAAAGUUAGAGAAUAUGACAACCUUAGAGUUUCUCAACCUCUCUUGUUCAGUAAACUCAGAAGAUAUUUUCAAAAGAUUUCCCAAUCUUCAAACCCUUGGAUUCGUCAUGGAUUUUUCAGCAGCAGACCAGAUAUAUUUUCCAAGAUUGGAUGUCCUUAUUAAACUUGAAAGAGUUCAUGCUAUAUUUGUGUGUUCUGGGCAUACACAUCAGUCUGAUUCUCAUUUCCCUUCGAGCUUGAAAGAAGUGAAAUUGGAUGGCCUCAAUCUGACAUCAGAUGCACUGUCAGGAAUUGGGAGAUCACUACCCAACCUUCAAAACUUGCAACUAUUUGACGCAAGCAUCCAGGGUGGAAAAGCAUGGAAAAUGGAACAAGUCACCUUCCACAAUCUCAAAUCUCUACUACUGGUUUAUAUGUUUUUUUCUGAAUGGCAGGUUAUUGCAGAUGAAUCCUUUCCCAUGCUCGAAGAAUUAUAUAUAUGAUCGUGUCCUCAGCUUAUAGAGAUCCCAGAGAGUUUUGGAGAUAUUGCUUCAUUAAAGUUUAUCUCAGUGUGGAAUAGCCCUCAAUUUAAAGAGUCGGCACUCAAGAUUAAGGAAUAUGUUGAAGAAAUGACCGGAGAAGACAAGCUUUUAGUAGAUUACUAGAGCAGGACAUAAAUUUUUCAUUUUGUCUUCGAAGUUUUUUUCACUCUAUUUGAAAAUUAA